CUCCUAUUCAGCUGUUUGUCCUCUGGUCAUGUUCACCGUGCGGCUGUGUGUGCAAUCUAUCAGCAGAGUACGCAGUACCAGAUUUUUAUUAAAAAUGACUCUGGGAUCAGAAUUAAACACUAGCAUGCGAGCAAUGACUAUAUCAAUGACUACAAACCUAAGUGCUAACAGAAAUCUCCUGAGUUGGGACUUAUCUCCAGAGCAGAUUCAGACAAGAGCAGAAGAGCUCAUCAGAAAAACAAAGCAUGUGUAUGACAUGGUGGCAGCUCUCGAAAUUGAGAAAAUCACAUAUGAGAAUACUGUAAAGGUUCUAGCGGAUUUGGAGCUGGAAUAUGCAGUUGAAAGAAGCAUGUUGGAUUUUCCUCAACAUGUUUCACCAAGCAAAGAUGUGCGGUCUGCAAGCACACAGGCUGACAAAACAUUGUCUGAUUUCGAUGUGGAAAUGAAUAUGAGAGAAGAUAUUUUCCAAAGAAUUCUCCAUUUUAAUCAAACACAGAACUUGGAACAACUGCACCCAGAAGUUAAACGUUACGUGGAAAAGUCAGUGCAGAUUGGAAAACGUAACGGACUCCAUCUACCCACAGAAAUACAGAAUGAAAUAAAGACUAUAAAGAAACAGAUAAAUCAGCUUAGCAUUGACUUCAAUAAAAAUCUCAAUGAAGAAAACACUUUUCUAAUAUUUAACAGAGCCGAGCUAGAUGGUCUCCCGAAUGACUUCAUUGACAGUCUGGUAAAGGUAGAUGGCAACACCUUCAAGGUUACUCUCCAAUAUCCACAUUAUUUUCCGGUAUUACAAAAAUGCUCUGUUCCUGAAACUAGGAGGAAAUUAGAGACUGCAUUCAAUAGCCGGUGUAUUCAAGAAAACACUAAGAUUCUUGAGAAGCUGAUUUCCCUGAGGGCAAAAAUGGCAGAACUUCUGGGAUACCCAACGCAUGCUGAUUUUGUUCUUGAGCUGAACACGGCUAAGAACACACGGAACGUCUCUACAUUUCUAGAUAAUUUACAAACUAAAUUGCAGUCUCUGGGGGAGAAAGAGAAAGAUCUUAUUUUUGAGUUAAAAAGAACAGAGUGUGCUAUGAGAGGCUUAGAAAUGGAUGGCAAAAUCAAUGCCUGGGACCUGCAUUAUUAUCUGACUCAGGUAGUAGAGACCAAGUAUUCUGUGGAUCAGGAGAAACUCCGAGAAUAUUUCCCCAUGGAGACAGUUACUGAAAACGUGUUAAAUAUUUACCAAGAAAUUCUUGGUCUCCGGUUUGAACGUGUUGAAAAUUCUAACGUGUGGCAUGAAAAUGUGACUCUGUAUACAGUGUAUGACCAUAAAAGUGGGGAGACUCUGGGACAAUUCUAUUUGGAUCUCUACCCAAGAGAGGGGAAAUACGGCCACGCAGCAUGCUUUGGGCUGCAGCCUGGCUGUCUACUGCCUGAUGGGAGCAGAAUGAUGUCUGUAGCAGCCAUGGUGGCAAACUUCACCCAACCUGCAGCUGGCAAGCCCUCACUGCUGCGGCAUGAAGAAGUGAAGACAUAUUUUCACGAAUUUGGACAUGUCAUGCACCAGAUCUGUGCACAGACAAAGUUUGCGAGAUUUAGUGGAACAAAUGUUGAAACCGAUUUUGUUGAGGUGCCUUCUCAGAUGCUGGAGAAUUGGGUUUGGGAGAAAGAGGCUCUGCAGAGAAUGUCUGGCCAUUACAUGGAUGGCUCUCCAAUUCCAGAUGAUCUCCUUGAUAAACUGAUUGAAUCAAGACUCGCCAAUACAGGUCUUCUCACUCUUCGUCAGAUUGUCUUGAGUAAACUUGAUCAGUCACUGCACACACAGUCUACAGCUGACACUGCCAGUGAAUAUGCCAAGUACACUGAGGAGAUACUAGGGAUAUCUGCCACUCCAGGUACAAAUAUGCCCGCGACUUUUGGUCAUCUGGCUGGCGGCUAUGAUGGACAGUAUUACGGCUACUUAUGGAGUGAGGUUUUCUCCAUGGAUAUCUUUUACAGCUGUUUUAAACAGCAAGGAAUAAUGAAUCCAGAGGUUGGAAUGAAAUACAGAAACCUUAUCCUGAAGCCUGGUGGGUCAAAGGAUGGCAUGGCAUUGCUUCAGAAAUUCUUGGGCCGUGAGCCAAACCAAAAAGCCUUUCUUUUAAGUAAAGGAUUGAAUCCAUAAAUAUUGUUGUACUGUUUACAAUUUAAUAGCAAUGUACCGUUUGCACUUAAAUCCGUUUUUCAACAUUGAGACAUUUGACAUUAAGACUCAUCAAAUAAAAGGGCUUUUUUAACUGAAAAAAAAAAUCACAAACCUAGAAUAGCAUAAAUCAGCUCAGUGGCCAAAAUGUGUUUUUGUUUUUUAUUAUUUAAUGAUAACUGAUUAUUUAAAUUAAUCAUGUUCUUAAUUGAAUAUGUUUGGCUUAUGACUCUUUUGAUAUAAAAAAAAAACCCUCAAACAGAAAUUAAUUUGGUUUAUUUUUUUCCCCUGCUUCUGUAUUUAUUGGAUAUCUUAAUCUGGUCAUAUUGCAAAGCAUCCUGUCUUUGGUUGCAGUAGAUGGAUAGAAAAUCAUGGGCAUUGUAGUUCUGCAAAUGGGUGGGGUGGGCUAGAAAUACCUUCUCUAGAUUGACAUGGCUCUCUUUAGAUUCUGUGUACCUUUUCUCUCUUAGCUGCUUGUUUCCAAUAAUUUAAAUAAUUGGAGGUAUAAACGUUCUAAUGAUAAUUACUAUCCCUGGCAGACAAGAGUGAUACAGUUGUAUAUUGCAUCUGAAUAUGCCUGUGACAUAUGGGUUGGCUAAUGAGAAAAAGGCAAUUAAUCUGGAAAUUUAAUAAUAUUCUAGUAAGAUGUCAUAAGUAAAUGUAAAACGACUUCUCUUUUCAAUGAUUAGAAAUUUCAGAGAAAUCCCAUCCCCAAUUAUUCUAUAUUCAUUAAACUCUUUUAUGUGCACUGGCACAAUUAAACUAAAGAGUGGGUUAGAGCGGUGGUAAAUGCAGUUACUGUGUAUUGAAUGGCAUGUUUAUGCCUUUUCUUAAGGCUGUUGUGAUGUUGAAAUAAAUGAAACAUUUUUAAUUAGCUUUUUGUUAUAUCCACCCCUCAGAAGUGGCCAUUCUCUCCAGUCAUUGAGUUAGGGUUCCAUUAACCUAGUUUUUGUAACGGUAACUUGCUCUUUGAAUUUCACCAAAUUACUUGAGAUCACAUUGCACUUUUUCCAAAAGAUCCUUUGCCAAUAUUUUU